GGAAGAAGAAGGGGUGUAGCAGCAGCUAGUCGGCUGAAAAUGGUUAUGAAACAAUGGAAAAGGGCCAGAUUUGAAUGAUUGGUGACAAAGUGACUCUUGAGUGUUGUGUAAGCUGGAAAGAUCCUAUGUAUUCUACCCACUCAUCUAAAAGGCAAAAGAACUCCAAGAAAGCCCAUGAAAGGCUCGAACCCUCUACAGAUGCUGUCUGGCACAAGUUUAGAAGUACUAGAAAGGGGGAGUCAAGAGAUAUUUUUAUUAUCUCAGAUGAGGGGACGUACAAUGACCUCAUUGUUGAGGAAAAGAAAGCAGGAAAUGAGCGUGUGGUCAGGGAAGAUGGAGGUGAGCCACUGCAGUUGGUUGAUGAAGACGUGACUGAUCCCAUACUAGGCGGAGACCAAGGCUCUUCCGAUUCUUUCUCUGUGCACUCAAUCGGCACACGCUCUGGUCCCUCAUACUCACCCCCAGGCUUGUGCUUUGACUGUCAGACGCUCUACAGGAAGGCAAAGAGGAUGAAAAAACCUCUUGACAAAAUCUUAGACAACGAUCCCAAAUCGCUGACAUGUGACCAGUGGAUCUUGAAAAAAAAGUGGAGACCAAGGCGUCUGUGUCCUGCAAAAGGUAGACUUUGGACCAGUUUACGGCUAAUCAAAAAAAGAUGCAAUGAAAAGUACCGGAACCAGUGUGAUGGAACUGGAACACAGUCAGCGUGCUCUAGACCACACAGUUUCCUACAGAGGAACCUCAGGCUUUGUGUCAAGAUGCUGAAAAAAAGGAAAGAGCAGAGGAUCAGGAGGAGAAAGAGAUCCAGAAACGUCACUCAGGAGCCACACCUUACAAAACGGCGGCAAUGCCACAGCGACAGUCACCAUAGCAUUGCCAUCCUGCCAAAUGGAAAUCCUCACCCUAGUUUCAGUAGUGAAUCCGUUCUGUGGAGCUGUAGUGAAGAUGAGGAGUCUUGCACCCAUCUUACUUUUGAAGUGAUUCCCUCUUCAGUCACUAUGGAAACCCAGCCACCAGAGGCCCAGACCAGACAACAAUUAUCAACACAGAGCAGGGCGUUUAGAGACUUGCUAACAAAACAAUGUGGCAACAACAGUACGAUUGUCAAGGAAUCAUGUUUGUGAGGUCGCUUUCAGUUUAUUGAAAAUGCUGCUAAUUGAUGCACAGGCUUUGAUUGCAUAAUCCCUUGUAAUCUGAAGUCAUACUUAGUUUGAGUUUUAGUAUGUAAUGUCUUGCACUUCAGUUUCAAUUUAAGUGUUUUUUUGUUUGUUUUUUUAAUUCAGUUUGUUCUUGAACACUAAAUAAACUCCUAAGUAUUUAGUCUGCUUGAACAAGUGGGAUUAAAUGUUUUAAUAUUGUUCGAAGGCAACAAACUCAACCCUCAGUACUGUUUUGGGUGUCCAAAAACAUCUUCGGGAUCAGCUAUUUUGUCAAAACAAAAGCAUUUAUAUGGACUCUUGUAAAGAUUUACAGUUGGGCCUGCCUCUCACAGUCCUUAGUAAAAAAAUAAACCAUUACUUGUCUACUUUUUACAAA